GGAAGCGCAUUUUAAACUCUCUCUCUCUCUCUUAUCAGACUUGUGGGAUAUAUUAUCCAGUCCUCUCUGUUUGGGAAGCGGGGCUGGUGAAGUGUGGCGGACACGGGGCAGGUUGGAAUUCGCUGAGGGUGUGUGGAGGCGGGGAACAGAGAACAGCGACAAACACCUUACAGCUCCGAGCCAGAGAGUGAGAGACGAGGCUUUUCUAUGGCGUGUGACUGACCAAUCCAGACUCAUUGGCUUUGGUUGUGCAAGUGAUAGAGAGAGAGGGAGAGAGAGGGCCAAUAUUAAAGAUGGCAGGAAAGUGUCUGCAGUUGUGCGUGUUUGUAAUUUACGCGAUUCAAACGAACUCUGGAUUUAACAUUGACGUGCAGUUCCCGGUCAUCAAAGAAGGAAAAACCAAGGGCAGUUUAUUUGGAUUUUCUGUUGCAUUGCACAAACAGACCGAAAAGACAAAUAAUAACUUCCUCUUAGUCGGAGCGCCCCAAGAAAAAGCCCAGCCCCAACUCAGCAAAUUCAACAUUAAUGAAACAGGAGCCGUGUAUUACUGUCCCAUCAGUAUCGAGCAGGAUGACUGCAGGAGGAUGGACCUCAUCAGUCCACUGUUCCAAACACGUAGCGAGGAACAAGGAGGACAGGAGUACAUCACAGGAGACUUUAAUGGAAUCCAGGGAAUCAGGAAGACACGUAGUGGAAAACAUCAACAAGUAGAGACGACAAACAUUAACUCAAAGGACUGUGGCUUUUAUACACAGGAUAAUGAGGGACUUAGGAGACACCUGGAAUCAAAUUAACAAUCAACAUGAAGGAG